AGAAGGAUCUCUCUACCCAAUUUCAGUUGCAACGACCCGACCAUUGGAGUCUUUGCUCUCAUAAUAGCUGUCGCCACUUCCGAAGUAGCCAUGGCGUCAACGAAGGAAGCACGGGUGGAGGCACUCCAGUCGAUGGGGACGAUCGAGUCGAUGGAAUCUGCUGGCAAGUUUGAGUUUAUUCGGCUACUUCACCGCGUUAUAGUAUUCGCCAUCGCGCUUUGGUAUGUCGGUAUCUCAUUCAAAGCGUUUCUGGCGUCGAUCACGGUGCUACGAGGUUUCGAGUCUAAGGACUUGGGGACAACCAUUCACGAGUCGAAGCUCAUUGUCGACUACGCUGGAGAUACGGCGAUCAACGAGAGUCCACUGGUUCAAGGAGUUCUGAAAGGAUCAACCGAUCUGCGGAACGACUCGAUCUUCCUCUUAUCUGACACUGAGGUCUCGUUCACAGAGUGCAGAAACGUUCCUGGAUACGACGAAUCCGUUAAUGGCAACACCUUUUCACGGUUUAUCUUCACGUCGUUGCAGUCACACGCUACAAAAGAUCUCGAAUAUCUCACUGACGUAGAGUUGAUCUCCCCGAUUAUCGAUUGUUCGCUGGAUCUGAUCGUCGCAACGGAUGAAGCUGUGACACAACUUCGAAUGUACUAUUUGGUGCGUCAAAAGAACGAUACAAAGGAGACGAUGCUGCUGUCUGCUUUGGUUUCCACUCAGGACUUCCAAGUGGAUCAGCAGUAUCAGAGUGGAGCAGCUUUGGUUGUCGUUCUUGCACCCAUCCAAGACAUGCAAGCCACGGAAGUGACGCAUCAAUUUGCCAUUGCUUUUAACUAUCCAUACGAAUCCGAGCCUCACUUUAUGAGCGCUGAGUUUCUUGGCGUUGAGAGCGACAACUUUUGGCUCUUUAACAGCCUGCCUCGACCUCACAGUAUCGACCCAGCGAGGGAAGUUCGUACAGCAUACCGGAUGGGAGGCUACAUUGACGACCCUGUGGCUCAAUCCAACAUUGAAAUUAUCCACUGGAACUUACCAACUGAUCCUGCAACUGAACUGAGGAACUGGGAAUGGCACGCAUUGGCUUCCCUACACGAUUCAUGGGCGUGGACGCACAGCAUUCACGGCAUCUUCGCAAUCGACGUGCUAUUCGAUCUUGGAGUACUAUUUUUCGUCAUCUACCAGAGACUACGCAAAGGACAUUUCUGGGUAGGUGACGCGUUCGCUACGAUCUCUAAUGCUCUUCUUUAUCGUGGUGUACUCGUGUUUGUAUCCAACCAUCUUAACGGAUACUACACACUCACAGAGUUCUGUCUUGCUAUCGGAAGUGAGCUGGCAGGUCGUCGUUUGGUUCACUAUCGUCCCGAACUGGCUCACGCUGAUCUGCUUACUUUUUUCUUAAACGUAACAAGUGUUCUGAGUUACUUUUUCCAUGAGAGAAUCGACCCGGUGCUUGCGUUUGCUGCGUUCGAGUUCGGGUUCGCUUACCGCGUUGAGCUUGUCGAUGCGCUGCCCGCUUUACGAGAAGUUGUGGUCGACUUUGCAGAAGAAGACAACUGGCUUGGAGUCAUCAAUGUCAGUCCGUUCCUCGCGCAGCUAUCGCCUAUGAAAUUCUGGACCAUUCACGAGAUCACCGUCGACCGGAAGGCUGUUGUGAUAUCUACGGUGAUCUGUAUCUUCAGUACUAUGGUCGGGUUGGUGGGUUACAUUAUCGUUAGAAAAAUCAUUCGACACUGUCAACGCAAGAGUGAAGAUCGGACGAAGACGUACAAUACCGACUCGGAAGGCACUACGCAGCAGGAAGGACAGCUAACUUCCUUCGAAACAGCUACAGGUGCAGCCCUGAGUAAACGCUAUGGUGUGAUUUCAGGCUACGAUAACUACAUUUUUCGAAACAGAAAACGCUACGCUUCCAUCGAUGCAGUGUACGGAAAUGGGUAUCUCAUUGCAAACCACAAAUAUCUGGUGGCGACGGAGGAUAUUUUUUCAUUGCUGGUUAUGAAGCUCACCCGCGUGCGCUUUACGAACAUAUAUGUGUACACGAUCUUGACAAAUGGCGGCGUGAACCAAACUGCACAACUAGUGUACCCACACACCAUUCCUUGGUCGGAUCUAGCGCAUCUGGGCGUCGUAAAACUUGCAUAACUAGCGAAAUAAAGAAAACAUAACUUCCGAAA